CGCAGCGGGGUGCAUGCGUGGGGCCUGUUUGCGCACAAGCCCAUACCGGCCAACGAGUUUGUGAUCGAGUACGUGGGUGAGCUUAUCCGCCGAACAGUCAACGACGUCCGCGAACGCGUCGACGCCGACAGCGACUACCGCUUCCGCGUGGACGCUGACUGGGUCGUCGACGCCACUCGCAGGGGCGGCAAGGCGCGAUUCAUAAACCACUGCUGCGACCCGAACUGCGUCACCAAGACUGUCAGUGUGGGCGGCCAGCUGCACAUCAUGAUCUGCUCCAAGCGCGCCAUCGCCGAGGGGGAGGAGCUCAGCUAUGACUACAAGUUCCAGCCCACUCCAGGAGAAGCGCCCAUCCCAUGCACCUGUGGAGCCAGAAACUGCCGCAAGCGCCUCAACUGA